AUGAAAGAACAUGAAAAUUUAGAAAGACUUAAAAAAAAAUUGAAUCCAUUUUUUAUUAUUUUCCGUAAAGAUGAAGAGAAUGAAUUAAAAAAAUAUUCUAAGAAAAAUUAUUUUAUUAAUAUUAUAAAAAAUUGUAAAACAUCAUCAAAUCAUUCUACAGACAUUGAGACGAAUAAAUCAAAUAUUUUAAUGAUUAAUAAGAUAAAUAAUAAUACAAUGAGACUAUUUAAUAUUUUUAAUAAAUAUAAUGGAAAGGACACUUUAGAAAAAAGAAAAGAUUUUAUUAAUAGGAAUAUGAUAAAAAACAAAGAAUUUAAAUACAGUUAUAAUAAUUUCUUAGCUCAAACUUACAUAUAUUCUAAAUAUUUUCAAAAUGUAUUAAAUAAGAAUGUUCUCACAAAUACAACCAAUAAUGAAAAGGAUAUAGAUGAAUUAGAAAAUGAAUACAUAAUAGUUAAUAAAGUUUACACUAUAAUUCAAGAAGAUACUAGUACAUUUAUAUAUAUAUAUUAG